UGACCGCAGUGCGAGGUGCCAGGUGAUCACCCUGUGUUCUCUCUCUGUUGUGGCGGUGCUCUCUUAGAAGGUACCGGCGUUGCAAUCAGAACCGCCGCGCCUGGAGGAAACUUUUUUAAUUUUUGUUCCUGCUAGGUCAUUGCAGCGAGUUCCUCAUGACGACCCGCCUUGGGUCCCCAGCAAGAGCCUCCUGGUUUCCCGUCCUUCCUGCUUAUGCUUUGGAAACAUCCUUUGUUUGUGGGAAUACUUAUGCACCAUUUAAAGCAUUGCAAGCCUCCCCUUAGCCAGAAGGGUCCAGAAAUCUGGCUGGAAACAAUUUCCCCAGAGUGUUGAGCCUGGUAGAGAAAUGAAAGCUGGAAUGGCCUCUUGGUCAAACAGGAACUAGCCUCACACCUGGUGUGCCCAGGUGGUGUCUAGGUCGAAAUGGAUUGGGAAACCUAUGUAUAUGCCAGCAAGUUUUUUGGCAGACAGAGACCACCACUGGCCUAUGAGAGGUUUUGCCAACCCCAUGCCAGUGUGGACUAUAUCAAGGCAGAAUCUUUCACUUACUUGGACUUUUUCAAAGGCUACCUGCUCCCAAAUGUCCCCUGUGUUUUCUCUUCUGCCUUCACCACGGGCUGGGAAAGCAGAAAGUACUGGGUGACCCAGGAUGGGAAACCUAACUUUGAUCACCUUCUUUGGAAUUUUGGAGAUGCAGUAGUUCCUGUCGCAAACUGCAAUGUCCAGGAAUACAACUCUAAUCCAAAAGAACAGAUCCCACUGAGGGAGUACAUAAACUACUGGAAAGAAUACAUCCAGGGCAACUACUCUUCUCCCAAGGGAUGUCUCUACCUCAAGGACUGGCAUCUGUGUAGGAGUUUCCCAGAUCAACACAUCUACACCACACCUGUAUAUUUCUCAUCUGAUUGGCUGAACGAGUACUGGGAUGAACUGGCAGUGGAUGAUUAUCGUUUUGUUUACAUGGGGCCAAAAGGAUCGUGGACCCCGUUCCACGCCGAUGUCUUCCGCUCCUAUAGCUGGUCGGUCAACGUCUGUGGAAGGAAGAGGUGGCUGCUCUACCCCCCAGGGCAAGAAGAGAGCCUUCGGGAUCAUCAUGGGAACCUGCCCUACGAUGUUACUUCGUCUGCCCUCCUUGACAUCAAAGUGCACCCAGAGUACCCCAAAUGCUGUCCACCCAUUGAAAUCAUCCAGGAAGCAGGGGAAAUGAUCUUUGUCCCCAGCGGGUGGCACCAUCAGGUUUACAAUCUGGAUGACACCAUUUCCAUUAAUCACAACUGGAUGAAUGGCUGCAAUGUAGCUACCAUGUGGCACUUCCUGCAGGCUGAGCUGGAUGCUGUGCAACAGGAGAUCUCUGAGUGGAGGGACACUAUGGAAGACUGGCAUCAGCACUGCCAGGUGAUCAUGAAAUCAUGCACUGGAAUUGACUACAAAGAGUUUUAUAACUUCCUCAAAGUCAUAGCAAAAAAGAGAAUUUCUCUCCUCGAAAAGGUUCCUGAGACCAAACCCUUGGGAAAUCUUUGCAGUGACAGCCCUGGACUGGGCCCCCACCAUGCAGCUUUUGAUUUAAGUCGGAUUGCUGAUGUGUUAGCAUCCUUGAUCACAAACCCAGAUUUCCAGAAACUGGAGACCAGUGAACUUUCACCACCCCCAGAGGACCUGUUCAACAACCUGAAAGAAAAAAUAAAUGCUUCUCUCUAGUUAUGCUUUAUAAUUAAGCAGCAAGAAGGUGUCCGUCAGUAUAGUCCACCUUGCUCCAAAGGUGAUCUUGAACUUGGGACUCACUGGGAAUUCAAAUCUAGCUCUGCCAUUUACUACCUAUGUGACCUUGGGGAGGUCACCUAACUUCCUCCUCUGUGAAAUGAAGUGGUGGGACUAGAUGAGCCCAGGGUCCCUCCUAGCUCUCUGGGUCUGUGAUACUAGGAACAUAAUUUAAAUAAAAAGUAAUUUCCUGUUCCCACAACUUCCCUGAGAUCCAGUCUCACAGGACUGAUAUGAUAGAAAGAGAAGAAGCUAACUUCUGAAGCUCUUUCCAGCCGAUGUUUAUUGACCUCUCUUCUUGGUGUGACCCUGCAGCAUUUCUCUACCCCAGGUGCCCAGGAAGCCCUGCCUCUUGCAUGAGCUCCCCCAAAGCUAUCACGUGCCAGCACCACAGACGACGCUGGUGACUCCCCCUGAAGCAAAGCAAUCAAGCAGCAGCAGCUUCUCCCCUGCCGGUCGGCUCACCCUCUGACCCCCUCUCUUCUGGAAUCACCCUGCAGGCUCCACCAGCUUUGCUUCUCACUUGGCGAUCUCCCUGUGUUAUCAGACAAGCAGCUGCACUUCACUCCAGGAAAAACUGCCCCUUGACUCAGAGACCUUUGUUGUUGUGGAGCAACGAUGAUGAGAGUGGACCACGUGUGGGAAACGAGAUCUGAGUAAAAGUCCCAGUUCUGUAAAAUAGA